UAAAGUCCAUGUUUAGAUAUUCGUAGCAACCGUCGAAGACGAGAUGUCUAAUAGAAUCGUAAUUAAAUUCUUAAUAAUUUUAUCUCUAAAUCUAUUGAAGACUACUGACGGGAAAAGUCUCUAUCCGAGAGAAGAUGUUAAUGGUACUUCAGUGUUUCUAUGCGUUGAAAUUGCAUGUAAAAUUGGUUAUGAACCUAUUGCUUGUAAUAAGACUAGCUAUGGAGAUGGAUGUCGAAAGUGCGAAGAAAAUACAUUUUCACAUGUGCAAACAUAUAGAAAACGACGCAAUUAUAUUGAUAAUUCCAAUCCACGUUUAUGGGAUAUUCGCACUUGCAUGGAGAAGGAGCGCUGCAAUGACGAACUAGAAUGCAUAUGCGAGUAUGGAAGUAGAACAAGAGAUAACAAAUGUGGCUGUGAAUUAGAAGACUAUCAAUAUAAUUUAACAUCGAGUAGUUGCAAUAGAAGAUAUGGAAAGCAGCAGUUCAGAAGGAUUAAAUUUAAUAGAAAUGGUAAAUUGUGCUUCGAUUCGGGACAAUUAUGCAAAGAAAUGAGGAAGCAUCACCAUUCAGCUUGGAUAAAUAUUUUGAGCGUUACAACAGGUGUCUUAUGCGUCUUAUGUUUAAUAUUUGUAGUGUUUUUCUUCAUUCAAAGAAAAGAAUUAUACGAUAUGAUUAAGGAGUAUCAAUUUAAAAUUUUAAAUAAUACCGACAAAGAAUACGAACAGAAAGAAAAAUUUAUAGGAGGAAUACAACAUAAUAACGUUUAAGAGAAGUAGAAUCUAAGACUUUAUUGAAUGAAAACUGAUUCAACUGAUGACAAUUUGUUCUUGUAAUCUAUUCGUUUGUUUAUUUAUUUUUUGUUUAUUUGCCUAUUAUUUUACAAUACAGUAUAUAUUGCUUGGAUAAGCGUAUUCAAUAAAAUCUGAUCUCAGUCCAAAAACAUUCAAUUUUUAACUAUAGUUCUUCCUGGUUUUAAUGAUAUUUCUAUAUCGAAAAGAGAGAUAACAAUACAUUUUAUAAUAUUAUUUGUUUUUUCAUUUAUCUAAUCUAAUAGUAAUAAUAAUAAUUUGAAUCUAAACUGAAAAGGUUCCCAUUUCAAUUUAAUCUU